GUACUCAUUAUAUCAGUAUUGUACUUUAGCUCGUUCAGUUCGGUUGGGUGUGUGGAUCCGUUGUUCGUAGUGCGCGGCAGUAGCAACAGCAGCAGCAGCCAUUUUCCAAAGAGCAGUGCGUGUUUACAAGACACAGGAGAGGAUUAUUUUAUUUGUCUGAUUUUACUUUAAAUAGCCGAAGAGGAUAAAUCUGUAGUACAAAAAUGGCAGGAGGAAAAGCUGGUAAGGAUUCGGGCAAAGCGAAAGCCAAAGCCGUCUCGCGAUCGGCUCGCGCAGGGUUGCAGUUCCCGGUUGGCAGAAUCCAUCGGCAUCUAAAGAAUCGCACAACAAGCCACGGGCGCGUCGGUGCUACGGCAGCCGUUUACUCCGCUGCUAUCCUGGAAUAUCUAACAGCAGAGGUACUCGAGUUGGCCGGUAACGCCUCCAAGGAUCUGAAGGUCAAGCGUAUCACUCCGCGCCAUUUGCAGCUCGCCAUCCGUGGAGACGAAGAGUUGGACAGUCUGAUCAAGGCGACGAUUGCCGGCGGUGGUGUCAUCCCGCACAUCCACAAAUCGUUGAUCGGUAAAAAGGGCGGUCCCGAAUAACCUCCUUAAACCCGACGACUAAUCCAUGAUGUACAGCGGCGACAAAACCGUCGCUCGCAUACCACGAGUUAGGACACACAAAUAUUAGAGAGCAUCCCCCCACAAAGACUUCCUCUCCUCCUCUACAACCCCCCAAAACAAAUCAAAUCCCUUCUCCCCGUACAUUAAGGUUAUGUGUGCCACAUAAUAACACACUCGAACACAAACACAGCUGUAAGAGAACAUAAAAAUACAGAGAAGAAAGAAACGGUCGACCGGUGGUUUUAUUACUACCCACAAAACACCCAGCAAGAGUCGACCCGAUUCAUAACCCGAUAGUUAAGGAUUCAUGCAUAGUAGACAGCGAGAAAAAGAGCAUCUUUAUCUUUGUAGAAACAAUAACGUGUUAAACUGAAGAAAUGACAAAACGAGAUAUUCUUGUUUGCCAUUAUGUUUUUAGUCUCAGUUUUAAAUCAAUUACGUCGUCGCUCAUAAAACUAGCGUUUUUUUUUCUUUCAGAGGGAAAGUAAAGGGAUCAGCUGAUCAUAUAAAUAUAUAUAUUUUAAAUGGAUGAAUAGAAGAUGAAUAAAGAAACUCUUGAUUUCUCGACUAUUUGAUUUCUUUCGAUAUAUAGUUUUUUUUUAUAUUGUUUCUGUCGGGGUGAUCAGCACGAUGAGGAGGUGAACCAGCAAACAAAAAUGUAUCUUUUAACGCAAAAUGAGAGAGAAAACUAAAAUGAAAAAAAAUCUUGAACCUAGAGUACAUAAGUUAAGUGCGUUUUCUUAUUAUAUUUUCGAUGGAAGAUAAUAAAAUUUUACUAUUAAGAAAAUGA